AUGGAAUAUGGUACAGAGAGAGUGGUUGCGCUGGUAGACAUGGACUGCUUUUAUGUUCAAGUAGAGCAGCGGAUCAACCCACAGCUGAAGAACAAACCAUGCGUCGUGGCUCAGUACAAGACUUGGAAGGGGGGCAGCAUAAUUGCGGUGAGUUAUGAGGCUCGGGCAUACGGUGUCACGAGGAACAUGAAGGCAGAUGACGCCAAGAAGUUGUGUUAUGACCUCCAGGUAGCCAGAGUGAGAGAAUCACACGGGAAGGCAGAUCUCACACAUUAUAGGGAAGCUAGUGUGGAGGUGAUUGAGGUGAUGUCUCGCUUUGCUGUGAUUGAGAGGGCCAGUAUUGAUGAAGCCUACAUGGAUCUCAGUGCCAGCGUACAGCAGAGACUGAAGAAUAUGGCAGAACUGAGGGUUGAACCUCACCUACUGAAAGCCACUUAUGUUCAGGGGUAUCCCCAAAUCUGCACCUAUGAAGAGGGGAACGCUGGAGCUGCAGAUAAAGAGGAGCAGCGGUCUCAGGGUCUGCAGGAGUGGUUGUCCUCCUUGACCCUCUCUGCAGACUGUGCAGAGCUGCAGUUGGCAGUAGGAGCUGUGAUUGUGGAGGAGAUGAGGGCAGCGGUGGAGAGGGAAACCGGUUUCCGCUGCUCUGCAGGGAUCUCACACAACAAGGUUUUGGCUAAGCUUGCGUGUGGUCUGAACAAACCCAAUCGUCAGACUGUUCUGCCAUUAGGCUCAGUUCCUCAGCUCUUCAGCUCUCUCCCCAUCAGCAAAAUCCGUAACCUGGGAGGGAAACUUGGAGCCUCCAUCACUGAGACCUUGGGGGUGGAGAACAUUGGAGAUCUGACACAAUUCACUAAAGGCCAGUUGGAGCAGCACUUUGGAGAAAAGACCGGUCAUUGGCUGUUUGACCUGUGUCGUGGUGUAGAGUUUGAGCCUGUAAAAGCUCGUCAACUCCCCAAAUCUAUCGGCUGCAGCAAAAACUUUCCCGGAAAGUCAGCCUUGGCUACUAAAGAGCAGGUUCAGUACUGGCUCCAUCAGCUUGCUCUGGAACUAGAGGAGAGACUUAUUAAGGAUCGAGAGAUGAAUGACAGAGUGGCGAAACUAUUGACAGUUGGCAUCCGUCAAUUUGGAGACAAGCAACCCAACAGUUUCUCCCGCUGUUGUGCUCUGGCUCGUUAUGAGGCCACUAAGAUCUCCGCAGAUGGCUUUGCCAUUAUUAAGGGCCUUAAUACUGCAGGAAACCAUCAGGCGGCAUGGACUCCUGCCCUUACCUGCCUCCACUUGUCAGCUAGUAAGUUUAGCGAAGCACCCACCGCUUUGUCGGGAGGCAUUGCCAGUUUUCUGAGGAGUGUUAGCCCUUCCACACAGACCCUUUUACCCUCUACCCAGCUCUCACCCACCCCAAAGAAAAAACAGGCACUUCAGAAACCAGGGCCCAUCCUCUCCUUCUUCCAAAAAGCUACGGAGAAGCAGAGCGAAGAUAAAGGAACAGAUGAAGAAGAAAAGAAAGACUGUGGGAUGUUUCUCCAUUCUCCCUGCUCUAACUCAGCACUACCCCCUGCUGUGCAGCAAAACACCUCUCACCACACAGCCAGUCCAUCCCCAGUGAAAUCUUCAGAUGAGUCAAAGACUGGGAUCACCUCCUUCUUUGAAAGAAAGAUGCUGGAGAAAAGUUUACAGCUAGCGCAUACUGCCUCCAGCCGUUCUGGACUGACUUUUGGAAAAGACAGUGUAAAUAGUAUGGUCAGCUCUCAUGUUGAAGUUCAAGGUUCUCCACAUGACAAAAGCAUUGCCGUAAAUUAUGCUCAGCCAUCUGGUGCUGAGCUCCCAUCUCCCAAAUCUCCAGAGAGGACAGACUUCUGCAGUUUAUCCAGAGAGGAUCUUCUCCCGUGUGAGCGGUGUGGACAGGAGGUGCCGGUCUGGGAGAUGAUGGAACACAUAGACUAUCACUUUGCUUUAGACCUACAGAACUCUUUCUCCUCUCCACCAUCCUCCACAUCUACCUCUUCUGCCCCCAUUGUCCCUAUGAGGCCUGGAGCCUCUGAAUUAUCUGGAAGAAAGAACCGACUCAAAAAGCAAACAGGACCUCAGGCAAAGAGAACUAAGUCACAAGGUAGUACUGCAACCUUGGACUCUUUCUUCAAGAGGAGUUAACACUGAGUGUAUUUAAUGGUGUGUGCUAUCCACAUGAUCGGUUUUGCACAAUGUGCAGUGCAUACGUUAUUCAUUAAGCAGUCAUGUUACAGCAGAGUUGUGUAUGAGCUAUAAUUGAGAUUCAUGUUUGGGG